GUGGGAGGAUUGCUCACGAGUCCAUCUUGAUGGCGCCGUGGCGGGCUAGGGAUCUAUCUCAGGUACUGUGCAUAUCUCUUCUCCUCAUUGUCUUACCAUCUGUUUUGCGUGGGAGCGAGGAGACGUCGAAGUCAUCACGAACAACAUCCCUACCCUGCCUAACACCGCCGGUGACACAAGCCCACCAUGUCUUUCAAAGAAUGGCUUCUUCACGAGACUAGCCUCCACUCUCUCCUCGCAAGCGGCACACGCGACAUCUACAUCAUACUCCUCGCUCGCUUCCUGCGCAUGUGUGCCUAUGGCGGUGCAGCUCUCGUACUUGGUAUUUUUCUGUACACGGCUGGCAAUAAGGGCACGCAGAUUGGGCUGUUCAUGUCAAUGACACUUCUGGGUGAUGCGGCAAUCUCAUACCUUCUCACUAUAAUGGCGGACCGAAUCGGAAGGAGGCGAGUUCUUAUGAUUGGAAGCCUCCUCAUGGCGUUCGCGGGUACGGUGUUCGCGCUCACGAAGAACUACUAUCUCCUGCUGUUGGCUGCGAUCGUCGGCGUAAUCAGUCCAGGUGCCCAUGAAGUGGGGCCGUUUAGGGCGGUAGAGGAGUCAACACUGGCACAGCUUACCACGAUCGAAGCGCGAACGGACGUGUAUGCUUGGUUCGCUGUCGCGAGCACCCUCGGCAUGUCCCUCGGUCUCUGCACGGCUGGCUGGAUCACGUACGCCCUGCACACUUACGCAGGCUGGGAGAGAAAGGAGGCCUUUCCAAUCAUCUUCGCCGUGUACGCGGUGGUCGGCCUGAUCAAGGCUUGCCUGACCCUGUUCCUGUCCGACCGGUGCGAGCAGAACUACGACCGCCAGACGGAAGAGGACAUCGCAGAGCGAGCGGCUUCGGCGCCCCUAAUGACCGAGGCGGAUCGCCGGAACUCGUACACGAAGUCUGGACAGGUCCAAGCUACUGUGCGACGUUUGAGCGAGACAGUCAGCACGAAGCUGUCGCCAGAAAGUCGCGUUAUCCUAAUCAAGCUGUGCGUCUUGUUCGCAAUCAAUUCAUUCGCCAGCGGCAUGCUUCCGGUGACGCUUAUGUCAUGGUACGUGAACUGGCGAGCGCGCUGGUUCGUCCACCACCUUGGCUACGCCAUGGCAGCCGUCUGGCUUGUCGCCAGCAUCGCCAACCUUUUCUCCGCCUCUGUGGCACGCCGUAUCGGUCUCAUCCGAGCCAUGGUAUUCACCCACCUCCCCAACGCCAUUUUCCUUGCAUUCAUCCCGCUCGCGACGACUUGGUGGUGGCUUUUGAUCCUUCUGCUUGCUAGCUCCGCGUUUGGAAGUAUGGACCAAGCACCACGCUCCGCCUUUGUGGCUGCCGUGUUCCUGCCCUCCGAGCGAACCGUCGUGAUGGGCACACUCAACUUCGUGCGGACACUUGCAUCAGCUGGUGGGCCUAUACUUACGGGCUACCUUCACGAUCAGAAGAAGUGGGGAGUCGUCUUCGUUAUUUCUGCGGUCUUGAAGGUUGCAUAUGACUGCGGUUUACUCGCGAUGUUCCUAAAGACGGUACGUCGGCAUGAGCCGCCCCUUUUGGAGAAACCUACGUUCGCUAAUGAGGGAUGUUACCACUACAGAAGCUGCCAGAGCAUGGGAAGAGGACGCGCGACGUCACGGUCGCCGAUGUCGAUGUCGGGAUCCUCCUGA